AAACGGUCGGAAGAGUUGUCGAAUGGCCAAAUAUAUCGGCCGUAGCGUCGGGUCGCAACAUUGCGCACGCUACAACCAUGUUCCAAGUCAUGCCGACGUCUUUCUCUUGCAAUUUCAUGAAAUUAUGUGUUUUUGGAGCAUGUUGGGUCAUUUCAUAUUGUUUCACGUUGAAACGGUCGAGAGAAGUCACCGAACGGCCGGCAAGGGCCGGUAGUGACAGCGCUGCCCGCACACAGCGGCAGCAACGCGCCGGCAUCAGAAUAUCAUCAUGUUCAAUAAUUUCGAACUCUUUCAAUGUUCAGAUGGCACCAACUCAGGCUACUGUGGUCGCCCAGUUCCGCGACUAUCACGCCGAGAAGUUCUCAGGGCAGGGAGACCCUCGCGUAGUUGACGAGUGGAUUCAGGGCCUGGAGUUUAUCUUCGAGGUCAUGGAGUGCCCUGAGAGAUAUCGCGUCAUUUGCGCUCAGCUUCAGUUCACCGGGGAUGCCAGGCUUUGGUGGAACGCUUACUGGGGCAUGCGUCCCGGUGAGAAGGCGGGAUGUACGUGGGAGAUGCUCAAGGACUUGAUCCGCGAGAAGUACUAUCCCACCUACUACCGAGCAGAGAUGGAGCGUCAGUUUCUAUCGCUCCGGCAGGGUACUCGUACUGUCGACGAGUACGAGAGAGAGUUCACGAGACUUGCAGCUUUUGUACCUGAUCUGGUCCGCACGGAGGCCCAGCGAGCGCAGCGUUUCAUUGACGGACUUUACCCAGCAGUCCGUCAUAACAUCGUAGGCCACGGGACCCAGACGUACGCUCGUGUAGUCUCCAUUGCUCAGGAGGUGGAUGCUAGCCUUGGGAGGGAGGCCGUUCGUGGUCAGUCGUCUUCAGUUCCACCGAUGCCAGCUUUGCCAUCUACCCAGCCGCCCAAGAGCAACAAGAGGAAGGAUAAGGGUGCCCAGACAGAUAAGAGGGCUCGACGGAAGCUACAGCAGGUUCCACAGUGCCCGACAUGUGGACGACAUCACCGAGGCGAGUGUCGCUUUGGUCAGGAUGU